AUGUCUACUUCAAUAAUUGAAUGGUUAGAGAGUUUGGAUCUCUCUCAACCAAUAGUAUGUAUAGACACGGAUUUUGCAGAUGGCUACCUCUUUGCUGAGGUACUGCAGCGUCUAUCCUUGCUGCCUAACUUACACGGUUAUCAAAGAACAAGCAGCAGCAGCAAGAACGGUAGAGGAGCAGCAGCAGUUCUUGGUGGUGCCUUAACAGCAGAAGUACAAAAUUAUAAUUUAUUAAAGAAAGCUCUUGAUCACAUAGGUAUUCGUCUUAGUGCAUCAGCAGUACAAAACAUCACAAAUUCAAGAUCGGGUGCAGCAGUAAAUUUACUAAAACGAAUAAAAAAAGUUGCAGAACAAAGAACGCCUCGUACAGCAGCAGCAGCACACGCAGCAGCAGCAGCUGCUGCGUGUGCUGCUAGGGGUAAUGGACCCUCAUCUAGCUACAUGCUGCUAUCAGGCGCUCUGCAUCACCAGCAACAGCAGCAGCAGCAGCAACAACAGCAGCAGCAACAGCAGCAACGACAAGGCUUACCUUUAUCAAUACCUAUAGAUAAGAGGAGCCCUAACGGUCGAUCCCCUCUACUAGAUGACAGCUCUGAUUCUGGUGCAACAGCAAGUGCAGCAACAGCAGCAACAACAGGUGCAGCAGCAGGUGCAGCAGCAACAGGCACAGCAGCAGGAGAGAAAGUUGUAUAUAAAUCCAAGGUAAGAAGUGCAGUAUUGGAGUGUAUAGACAGCUUUGAGAUGAAUCUUCAACGUCAAGGAUUAGGUAGUCCUUCUGCUGCUCUUGAUGCUGCUGCUGCAUCUGCAUCUGCAUCUGCUGCAGCAGCAGCAUCAGCAGCAGCAGCAUCUGGUGCAUCUGCUUCUGGCGUUUCUGCAACAACACCAACAGCAACACCAACAGCAACACCAACAGCAACACCAACAGCAUCAGGAGCAGCAGGAGGAGCAGGAGCAGCAGGAGCAGCAGGAGCAGCAGGAGCAGGAGGAGGAGCAGCAGGAGCACCAUAUAGUUGUAGAGAAAUAGAAGAAGUAUUACAACAGAUGAAGAAUAAGUUACCAUCACAACAAAGCCAAGAAGAAUUCAAUAUACAAAUGAUUAAUCGUCUGCAUGCAGCAAGACAAGCACAAGAGGCAGCAUGUUAUGAGAGAUCAAGAAGAAGACAGUUACUACUUAUGCAACAAACUAAAAAAUGUAGAGAAGCAUUAAAUAAUCGUGUUGCUGCUGCUGCUGCUGCUGCUGCUGCAGCUGCUGCUGCUGCUGCAGCUGCUGCAACAACAACAACAACAGCAACAACAGGAUCUGGUUCAACUGCAGCAUCUCGUACAUCUUGUACUGCUGCUAUACCUUCUUCUUUUUCUACUCCUCCUCCUCCUCCUCCUCCUCUUCUUCUUCCCUCAACAACAACAACAACAUCAACAACAGGAACAACAUCAACAACAGCAGCAGGAACAACAACAACAACAACAACAACAACAACAACAACAACAACAGCAGGAGCAGCAGCAGCAGCAGCAGCAAUAGCAGUAGCAGCAGCAGCAUCACGUGAAGGUAGUAUUCGUGGUUCAAUAAGUAGUAGUGAGGAAUUGAGGAGAUUAGUAGAUAGGACAAGAAAGUAUGAAGGAAUAAUUCGUUAUAAUAUUGAAUUAAAGAAAGAAUUAUUAAAAGAAAAAGAGAAUAAAUUAAUAAAUAUGUAUAAACGUCAUGAACAAUUACAGGUCCAUACACGGGGUGUAUUGACAGCUGCUGCUGUUGAGGAACAAGCACGUAUAUGUAAUAAUGUUAAGAUACAGCAGAUAACACCUAGAGAUGGUGCAGAUACAACAACAGCAACAGCAGCAACAACAGCAGCAGCAACAGCAACAGGAGGGGAAUCAUCAGCAGCAGGAGGAUCAACAAGUCUUAAUAGCGGACCUUCUUCUUGUUCUUCUUCUUCCUCUUCUGCUGCUGCUGUUGCAGCUGCAGCAGCAGCAGCAGCAGAUACAGGGAUAUUAGAGGAGCCGCAGCUAGAGGAGUUGGGUAUAUUUGUUAGUCAUUUGCUGCAGCAUAGUCAACAAGAGGAAUCUGCUGCACUUACAGUAGAUCCUGCUGCACCUGCUGCUGCUGCUGCUGGUGCUGGUGGUGCUGCUUCUGCUGCUUCUGCUGCUGCUGCUGCUAGUGCACUACGUAUAAUAAUAACAGGGAAGGCAGACAAUGACCAGAAGAUGUUGGCUAUGCAAUUAGCAGCACAUUAUAAAUUACAUCUCUUCUCUCUUGAUGAUAUACUACAAGAAGCACUUAAUGCCGCUGCUGCUGCUGCUGCUGCUGCUGCUGCUGCUGGAGGGGGAGGAACAGCAGCAGAUAAUCCUGCUGCUGCUGCUGCUGCUGCUGCUGUCCCUGAUUCAUCAUCAUCUACUGGGAAUACACCUGCAUCUGCUGCUGUCGGAAGAAGCAACUCUAAGAGCGAUUCUGCUGCUGCUGCUGCUGCUGCUGCUGCAGGAGCAGCAACUCCAGCAGCAGCAACAGAAGGAACAACAACAGCAGCAACAGCAGCAGCAACAGGAGGAGGAGGAGGUAAUGAAUCAGUAAGUCUUGCUGCAUUAGGACAAAUAGCAGGAGGAUAUCUACAAGAAGGGAAUCCCUUACCUGAUGAAUUAUCUGUUGAAUUAAUAAACAAAAAAAUAAAUUUAUUAUUUUCUUCUUUUUCUUCUAAUUCUUACGAAGAACAAUUAAAAAAACUUUGUCCUUUAUCCUUUAUUAAUGGAGAUAAUACAGCAGGAGGAGGAGGAGGAGGAGGAGGAGGAGGAGGAGGAGGAACAGCAGCAAAUAAUAACAGCAGCAACAGCGGGAACAGCAACAGUAAUAAUAACAGCAGCAGCAGCAGCAAUAGUAACAACAGCAACAAUAGCAGCAACAGGACAGGAAGCAGCAGUAACCGUAAGAAUAAUAAUAAAGGAGGAAAAGGAGGACAAGGGGGAGGACAAGGAGGAGUAGAUAAGAAUACAAAUAAUAAUAAUAAUAAUAAUAAUGAUUCAGGUAGUUUACAAGAGGGUUGUGCGGAGGUUCAUUUGUUGUUAGAUUUACCUUAUGAAGUUUUAUUAGAGAGAUGGGCAGCAGAAGAAGCAAAUAAACAAGCAGCAGCAGCAGCAGCACCAGCAACAGGAGCUGCAGCAGCAGCAACAGCACCAGCAGCAGCAGGAGGAACAGCAGCAGCAGGAACAGCAGCAACAGCAGAAACAGAUAAACAAACAAAGAAGGAAGUCAAUACAGGAGGUUUUGGGGGGAUCGAUCGCAUUUUGAAUUUGAAGGUGGAGGACUUCAAGGCUAAGGAAAAACGUGCAGCAGCAGCAGCAGCCGCGGCGGCGGCGGCAGCAGCAGCAGCAGAGAGCGCAGGAGCAACAGGAACAGGAGCAGGAGCCGGUGAACAGGAAGCAGCGACGGCAGCAGGAGCAGGAGGUGCAGCAGCAGCAACAACACAACCAACAACAGCAGCAGCAGCAGCAGCAACAACAACAACAGCAGCAAAGGGGAGCGGAGCUGCUCCUGCUUCUGCUGCUGCUGCUGCGGCUGCUUCUUCGGAUGGUCGCGUAUGGAGUAGCCGUCUUGAGGGUUUAGAUGAAGAAGCAUAUCAAUAUUUAUUAAAACAAUGGACAGCAUUAACUGAAGGAUAUGUUUCCUCUCUUGCACAGGCAAGAUAA